UUUCACUUCUCUGCUGAGACUUUUGGAGACGUUCGGAUUCUCGAUCAGAAGUCGGGAGAUGGCUUGAACAAGAGCGGGGGGGGCUUACCGGACAACUUUGCCCCACUGUAUUGGAGAAAUAUGAAGCGAUGUUCACCAUGCUCACAUUAAAACCGUUAUUUUACACUAAGUCCGACUUGGACAGCUGCUGAGUUGCGUGUAAAACCCCUCAAAACAAUAACACACAUCAUGGCAAACGUAAAAGUUGCGAUUCGAGUCCGACCUCUCAACGCGAGGGAGAGCGCAGAUGGAGGAAGGCUAGCUGUUCGGGUGGAGGAUAAGUUUGUGAAGAUCCGAAACGUGAAGUUGGAUGGACGGACAGAAGGAGCUGUAGAUUCCAGGGAGAAGCUUCUGGAAUUUUGUUUUGACUACUGCUACUGGUCGGUGGAUCGCGCAGACCCUCACUAUGCAUCGCAGGAGGAGGUGUUCCAGGACCUGGGUGUGUCGGUACUGUCCGGAGCUUCUGAGGGCUACAAUGUGUGCCUGUUUGCUUAUGGUCAAACAGGAUCUGGAAAGACUUACACCAUGAUGGGGACGCCGGACUCCAUGGGCUUGACUCCUCGCAUUUGUCAGGGUCUCUUUCAGUCUGAAGACACUUUUUCAGAUGGGCAGAACUCAAGCAGAGUGGAGAUCAGCUUCUUGGAGAUCUAUAACGAGCGUGUAAGAGAUCUGCUGAAGGGAGGAGAGCAGAAGAAGAAAGCCACACUGAGAGUUAGAGAACAUCCUGAGAAAGGACCCUAUGUACAAGACCUUUCAUCACAUGUGGUCUCAGACUGCAAACAGGCCAUAGACCUUCUGGAGGAAGGCAUCGCCAACCGCAUCACCGCAGCAACCCACAACCAUGAUGCCAGCAGCAGAUCCCAUGCAAUCUUUACGAUUCAGUACACACAGGCUAUCCUAGAAAACAACCUUCCUUCUGAAACUGUCAGCAAGAUUAACCUGGUCGACCUGGCUGGGAGUGAGAGAGCAGAUCCCCACUACUGCAGGGAUAGACUGACAGAGGGCUCCAACAUCAACAAGUCUCUGGUUACUCUAGGCAUUGUCAUUUCAGCUCUUGCUCAGAACUCACAGAUGUCAAGCAGCUGCCAGAGUAUCAACAGCGUGGCCUCUGAGGGCGAUGGUAGCACAGUGGGUAGCCACAGCAGCUCGCUGUCUGGAGGUGGAGGUGGGAGGAGGCACUGCUUCAUUCCCUACAGAGACUCAGUCCUGACAUGGCUUUUGAAAGACAGUCUGGGUGGAAACUCCAAAACCAUUAUGAUUGCAACGGUCUCACCCUCUGCCAGCAGUUAUAACGAGACCCUGAGCACCCUGCGCUAUGCUGCCCAUGCCAGAAAUAUUGUCAACAAGCCUCGGGUUAAUGAGGAUGCGAAUGUUCGGCUGAUCAGGGAACUGAGAGAGGAGAUUGACAGGCUGAAGAGCAUGCUGCUCAGCUUUGAAAUGCAACGUAAUCCCAGUCCAUCCUUGAGUGACGAAAGGGAUGGAAAUCUUUCUGAAAUCGUGCUGCAGAACGAGCUAAAGGUGGAGCAGCUGACAAAGGACUGGUCAGACAGCUGGAGGGACAAGAAGGAGCUCCUGGAGGAGUACAGUGUGGACAUCAACAGAGACCGGGCCGGCUUCCUCAUCAACUCCCUCCAGCCACACCUCGUUGCCCUUGAUGGAGAUGUUCUCAGCACCGGUGUCGUCUUUUAUCACCUCAGGGAAGGAGUUACCCGCAUUGGACCUCAGGACCAAUUUGAAGAACCACAAAUAGUCUUGCAGGGCAGCGCCAGCUGUGAGAUUGAAAACCACGGGGGUGUGGUGACGCUCAGGCCAGUGCCGAGCUGUGUCUGCCUGCUCAACGACAGAGAGGUCACAGAGUCCUGUAGACUGGCUCAAGGGACAGUGAUUACCUUGGGAGGAGUGCAUAAGUUCCGCUUCAACCACCCGGCUGAAGCAGCUGUCCUUCGGGAACGCAGGCGGGCCAGUGAAGGUGGCAUGACCUGCACCUACACAGAGCUUUGCCUUGUGACCCCUGAUAACAGUGUCAAAGAAGCGAAUCUCCCACAGCAGGUGGGUGCAUGCUUCUCUCCCGGUGAGGAGCCUUCUGCCAGGCAGCGUGUGGAGGAGCAGAAACGCUUCGUGGAGAGUUUGCGUCAGGAGAUUCAGGCUGAACAGAGACGGGCUGAGAGAGAGCUAGAAAGGGAGCAGGCCUACCUCCAACAGCAGCACACUGAGAUCCAGCAGUGGAUUUUGAAGGAGAAACAUCGCCUGACAGCUGUUGAACAGAGGAUCACUCAGGAGUCUGGAGUUCAAGCAGACCUCCUCCCUGCACCCCUGCUGGAGAGGUUAACAAGCCAUGUGUUCAGGGAUCAGAAAGAUGUUUCAGUGGAUUGUCCAUCCCAAGUGAUAAGAGCCAGGAAGAAGGCAGUGCAGGAUGAAUUGCUAAAGCAUCACGCUCUCUGCCGGGCCGAGAGCCGCAUUCGGCGCAAAAGGCUGCGUUACCAGCUGGAGAGAAUCGCCAGCAAGCAGCAUCUGUUGGAAGCAAAGAAAGAGUUACAGCAGCUGGAAAAGACUCUGCCUUUAGGACCAGACAGCCCAGAAUCUCCUGAGGCUGGAUCGCCCUCAAAGGUCAAAGGACGACCGUUUGAUUCUCGUAGACACUCGUUUUCAUCCGAUCUUUUGUCCCGACUCUACCCACAGAACACACCCAUCUUCAGACACUUCCUCAAGAGAAACAGAUCCACAGACCUGACUUUAAAUUCACCCACAACGUCCGAUUGGACUGGUAGCAGGAAGUGGGUUUCGGAUGAGUGUCUUCCUCGGGAAAGGACCCAAAGUUGUUCUGGUUCUAUCUUCUCAGAGCAAAAUCAGCCCCGCCAGAAUGGAGUAACCUCCCCUGAAAAGAUCACACAGACUGCCAAGGAGGGACCACAAACCCAGCUCUGCCGGGAAAGGCCAGAAAGGAAACCUCUGCUUCCGAACCGAGACCUGUCUUUUAAGAACAGGUCAGACCAGAAAUUGACGGGUACACAGAAGUUGCCUCUUGGAUGUAGUUUGCUGCUAGUCGGCAAGGAAAACUUUCAAGGAUCAUCCACAGACAAACCCAGUUCUGAGAAUGGCCCUGUUAUGCACGAGAAAACAUCCUGUCAUGCAGAUAACAGCAGAUUAGGAACCAUCAGCAAGUCGUUUCCUCGUUCUGUGGGGCCCAGGAUAAAAAGAGCUCUGUCCAGAGUGUUCAGAAAACCUCCCUCAGGUGUGAAUAGACAACUGCCUAAGCUGCUUGGAAAAUUUACAAGUAAAUUUCACUGGAGACAAAGAAGAGACAAGAGCCUUAGAGACACCAAAAUGGGUCAAAGGAAAUGUACCAUUAAAACUACAGUCUCGUGUGAGGAGCUUGACCAAAGGACUCUGUUUGAGAGCAUUAGACAUAGACGGUGGCAUAGUACUGAGGCUCUGAUGAACAAGACUAGUAGAUGGAUCGAUGAGCAGCAUGGACUGGUUGGAUGGGAGGAAGAGCGAGAAGUCAAAGACAAUGGGACAUCAGACUGCGAGAGCCUUUUCUCUCUUGAUUCUCUGUCCUCUGCUUAUGCCACAGCUCUAGCAGAGCAGCUGAGACAUGAGGAUGCAGCUCAAAGCGAAGCAGAGAGUGAAGACAGUCAGAUGUCUAAAGAUUCACUCAGUUUGGAGAGCACUGUUAAAUUCUCAACAGUGAAGAGAUUUAGCCAGACACUGGUACCAACCUACUCACUGGUGACGGAUUCCACUGAUUCAUCCAAGCUGCACACUAAAACAGCAGAGACCAGUUUUGAGUGGGACAGCCGUCAGAAAACUCUCGUAAUCCCAAUAGAGGCAUACUGGAGCCAUCAAAGCUCCCCGAAGACAAGACAAAUUGAUACAACAAUGAAGCCUUCUUCUCAAAGCUCAUUAGUAGCAGAUUCUAGAGGCAGAGACACUGUACAUAAAUUAACUCAGGACUUUGGGAAUGUGGAGGCUUUAACCAGUAGCCCACGCUCUCUGAGCAGCUGCAGUGUGAGGGAGCCAGAAAACCCGCUGGUUCUCACUGAUGCCUGGUCCUCCACAGAUGCAGCAGAGAGUCCCAGGAUGCAGAGGGAUUCUCUACCUUUUCAAAGAAACAUUAUGUUCCGACACGCAGAGAUCAGCAGCAGUAGUCCCAGUCCGACAAGUAUGAAUCUGUCUGGCUCUCAGGUUGGAUCUAGAAGCCAUAGCUCUACGUCCACUAGCACUGAAGGUGUAAACAUGAAAGUGGAAGAACACGACCUUGAAGUUUUGGGGGGUUUUCAGGCGCUGACAACACCAGACAAUGCCCUGAAGUCUGAUAAUCAGAAGGAUGUAAGGUGUUGUGCAGAGUGUUUAGGAGAACCCGCAAAAAUGAGAGAUCCUUCUAUUACAGGUACUCCAAUUUUCAGUUACAGUCAGCAUCCAGCAUCUUCAUUAGAUCAAAUGGAGACUGAAAUUUCCCAGACCACACAAACAACAUCAAAUUUGAUUCAGGUGUUUGCAGAUUCCUCCAAUAUGAUGUUUGCUGACAUUACAGUGUCCUCUGACCAUGAAAUGUGCAGCUCAUUGUCUCAGUCAGUAAUCCAUUUCUCCACAAAUCCUACAAACCCACGUGAAGUACUGGCUGAGAUGCCUGAAGCUGCAAGUCUCUUAAAACCUUCUACUGAAAAGGCAAGAGUAUGCAGUCUCGAUUGUGGAACAGAAAAGGUGAGAGAUUUACAGCAGUGUAAGUUUACAAAUGCAGAAGAUGCAUUUCUUAUAAGGGAUGGAAUCAAAGACGCUGAGCAGGCCACUGCACUACAGCAGGAAGUUGAUAAAUCAACUUGUAAAAAUUCCAGGAAGAGAAACAAAGACAAAGAAGAUACUUUCAUGGGCAGCUUGAAAAUACCAAAUACACAGGACAGCAGCGAGCUGGUAAGCUUCUGCUGUGCAUCAGGUGACAGCCAUGAGGAGAUUUGCCCUGAUGACAAUAAUAGCACCGGGGAUUCUAAUAAAGAAGAGCCUGCAGUAGAAACUAGCAGCAGAGGAUGUGAUUCUGUUUGUGUUGUUGGCAGCGUUACACAAGAUACAGUGUCUUCAGUUGCAUUGCCAGUAUCUGAUUGCAGCAGUGGGAAACUCGAACCAAGUCGUGGCGUCUUUGAGGACUCUCAGUUUGGGCUUCAGAGUCAUGAAAAAGAUUCACAGAAUAGUAUUUCAUUUGGCGAUAAUAAAGUAGUCCAAAAGGUGGGUGUAACCCUAAAGGAACAGUUUGUAGAAACAGAACAGAGAGAAUCCCGAGUGAAUAACCAUGGAAAAAACCAGGAAAGGGGAGAACACGUAUGCAAGUCAGAUGCUAUUUGCAGCACUAUUGAUCUGAGAAUCGCAGAAGUGGUGAAAGAGCACAUGAAAUUGACAUUGAUGGAUAGUGAUGGGGCCAGGAAGAGCUUGAGUCAAAGUCUGAAUGCCUUGUCAUCAUCUGCAAUUCAUUUUGUUUCAAACAGUAAUGAAUGUAGAUGGACAGCAAAACAUCUGCGAGAUGAAAGGAGUAAUCAAGCGAAAGAAGGAACAAACCUGAGUGGACAUCCUACACUGGAAACUUUACUGAUAAGUAAAAAUAAGGUGGAUAAAAGUGAGCACCUGGCUUCAGCUAUGGCAGCUGAAUUGAGGAAUAGCAGCACGGUUGUAUGUACUGAAGUGACGGAAACCUUUGACAGCGCUCAUAGCGUGUCUGAUGGAACAUUAAACAAGCAGGUCUUCAGCCGCUGUGUUUUCCAAAACUCACUUCCACAUAUCCACUCAAGUCUGACUCUGUGCAGCCAGGCAGGGUGCGAGCACGCUAGCGACUCUUUGUCAGCAAGUGAUGCCUUUGUAACACAAAAACAAAUUAAUGAUGCAGGCAAACGUGAAAUAAUAGCUAAUCUUCAUCCAGUUAUUACUGAUAUUUGCUCCAAAAAAGCGGACAGCCAGACAGAUCCCCCAGCUUCCAAUGCUAAGCAGACAUGCCCACAACUUAACCAAAUAAGCCCUGAAACACUUUUCACCACUGACUGCAUAAAAGUGAAUUGUAGCUGUACUGCUAUGGGGCGCACAGGUGUGGAAACUGCAUCGAACGUUGUCAAUAAAGAUAAUUAUUCACCCAAACCAAACACGCCAAAGAUGAUUCAACAUUUCCAAACCAGUGGCGAAAUAUCUGGAGCCAUGAAGUUAUUAGCUGGUGGUGGAUUACAUCAGUUUAAAGCAGACAGAAGCUACAGCAACCAGAACACACCCCGUGGUGAGGAUGUCUGCAUGAAAGGCUCGGCUGGGCAUGAUGUAAAUGUUGAACGAGACACCACAACAGGAGGCAAACCUUCUGUCACAGCACAGGAUGAGUUCAGCUAUCGACAGACUGAUUCCGAUAACUCGUCUCAGAGCUGCUGCAAAAACAAACCCCCAAAUUUAUCUGAGUCACAUCCCAAAUUUAAUGAAAAUACUCAAAUCAUUAGCAGUGGAGAUUGCAUAAUGAAAAGUGACAAAGAGACUUUGACCCAACCAUUCGUGCCACACAAUCGAGCAGUAACGGCGGAGUCACAAUCUAAAAUGCUACAGCAAAACUGCUUUAAAAAUCCAAGUUGUUUUAGACCUGUAAUCGCCAAAGAGCCCAAGAAAAGCACAACUGGAGGCAUGUUAGGAAAUUCUUCUCUUAUGAUGCAAAAAGGCAAAACUAAGCGGUUCAGAAAGUCUCACAUCAGGACCUGUCCCACAUCUUCCUCUGACUCCUCUCUUAAGUCAUCAGACGAGGAUGAGGAGGACCACGCCGCCACUAGGAUGCAUCACAGCAGGCUGGCAUCUAAAUGGGUCAAGCUUGACAUUCAGAAUGAUGUCAAACCUGAAGUCAGACAGCCAAGAAAAAGCAAUGCAGGACAAUCUACUUUAGCAGCAGCAAACAAAUCAAACGUGAAGACUUUUUCCCAUGGAAACCCCGGCAAAAACGAAGUUAAGCUUAGUAAAGCUUACACGCUAAAAAGACACUCCUUACCUCUUCGGUCAGUGUCACAGAAAACGGAACAAAUUAGCCCGCAUGCAAACAAAAAGGAGCCACAGCAUGUGCCAAAGUCUCAAGACUCCCCUAUUCAUUUUGCAUCCAGUGACAUCAACCCUUAUGUUCACCAGUGGCAAGAAGACGACUCAGGCCAACAUUGCUACCCAGCGUUUGGAAGUGCUGCUGACCUAUCCAGUAAUUCUCCACUUUUAAACAGCUCAGAGAAACGUAUAACAAGGUGCUGCAGUGUCGAUAAUGGUCUGAAUGAGCAGAACUCUCCAUUUAAUUCUCAUCUUAGCACAUAUGCUACAAACAAGGGACUCUCUAGUACUCUUAGUAGUGUGGAGGAUUAUAAAGAACAAGCAACUAAAACAUCUCGGCUUACACCCUGUCAACAGGCAUUUGCGAAUAUCUGCAGUUGCCCUGCUAAUCUGACAGCAGACAGCGGUUCUUCAGUCAACAGUGUUCCUGGCGAUCCUGGCAACGCUUCCGGUCGAGUAGAUGAAAUCAUGUUUGUUUACUCACCUGAGCAAGAGUGCCAGACGAGCAAAACAAACGCACAAAGGACAUGCGAACACAGUACUCAGACUGAGCGUGAGCUUCAGGCGCAGGGUAACGGUAAGAACUGUAGCUCUCUGAAGAGGAAAGAUCGUCACAAAAGGAGCAACACAGAUGUACCCGCGUCACAGAAAAACAAGGUGGAUAUCACAGAAUCUCCAACUUGGGCCAGUAUGGAAAGCAUGUCAGCUCACAUUUCUAAGUUAAUCAACAGCACCUCAAACCUGCUGGGGGACGUCCAGGGAAUGAGGACAGGUGAAGUUCGCAGUUUCAGUUCAAGGAGUAUUAACUUCUCUGAUCUUAGCACAUCUUACGUCGAGUCUAAUGGUGGCACCAAGAGAGACUGCUCAACUCAGACAGCUGCAGAUGUUGGCAUCCAGCCUGAGAGGCUUGUAGCUCCAGCAGAGAAGAAAGCUGCUGUUCUUCUGUCACCCAGUGAGAAGUCUAAAUCUCAUGAAGUCAAUGUCAUAGUCAAAGUGAUUGGUUCUGAUGCUGUGAGUGUCUCUCAAGACAAAAAUAUCCACUGUGUGGUAAAAACAAAAUCUAACACAGUUGAAAAGAUGCAAAGUAUGCCUGACCUGAGGUUUAACACCUCUGUUUCCUCACAGCCUGCGAAUGACCCUCUCAAAACUGCUCGUGCAAAGACUGCAGCUGACUGUCAAAGGCGUGUAAGGUCUGCUUCAUCUAGAGUCUCUGAAGCACUGGGCCGCAGAAGUACUGCAGUCCCUGAAAUCACCCAUAGGUCAUCAAAAAUCUGCUACCAAGAAAAUCACAGCCCUUCAUUAACACACCUCACAUCUCCUCAUCUGAAGAAAAUGGUCACAUAUACAGACCGUGCGUCUUCUCCUAUUCUUACAGUGGGAGCCAGAUUACGCACGAGGCUCAAGGGUAAACAGUCGGUAACAUGUUCUGCAAAAUAUAAGGCUCAAAAGACAAACCAUCCCUCUGAGGAUGACAGCAUGACCAUUCCUUCUGUUUCGGAUGGCAAUCGGAUGUCCUUACGGGAUUGUGAUUCUUCCUCUGACAAAUUAGAAUCAGUAUCACUUGAGAAAGUGAGUGAAAUUAGUUGCACAAGCUCUAAAAGAUUAGAUAAGUGCUCUUCAAGUCCAAAUCCAUCAAUGGAAACAUAUGCAGAUUCUGAUGGGAGACAUGUGAACUAUCAAGACAAGGACAACCACAAGCUCGGGUCCAAAUGGCCGGUGGCAUCCCCGCAGUGGACGCCUACUUCAGCAAAUGGUUUAAUUUUGCAGAACCACAUUUCCCCCACAUUAAAACAGACUGAUGUGCGCAAACAGCAGGCAUCAGACUUCAGAAGACUUGUGCCUAAUGCUGGGGAUUUUAACUACAGUCUAUCUCCAUUCAGCGACAAGGCUGAUCAACCUCAAGAGGAUGAUAUAAUGUCACUAGCACCCAGUGAAUGCAACACAGAUGUGCUUGUGAACAUUGAACCUGUCAGCGAUGUGUUUCCUUGUCAAGAUAAUCAGAGAGUCCCGGAGGACCUGCCUAUGCACAACAAGUUCACCAACUGGUCGGGGGUCAAUCAGCAACAGUCAAAAUGCUCAAAAAACCUGACCACAUUUGUGACCAGUGAGCACAACAAACGCAGAGAGUGUGCCGAAUGGGGUGAAGUCGGGAGCUUUGGUUCAAAUGCAGAAUCUGUGGCGCAGAGCGACAGGAGGGCAAAGGAGAUAGUGAAGCUGCGACAGGAGAGAGAGCAGGUGAUGGCGACGGUCAACCUCAACAUGAACCCGACACCACUGACUGUGGAGCUGGCAGAGGCUAAGCUUCAUUACAGGCUGGGAGAGACGGACACGCUGCUAAAGAUGUUGUCCCCGAGGUCCAAAGAAGAGCUUGUGACGCCAGCUUCUGCUUCUACAAAACAGCAGCUGUAUGAUGUGCAUCGCAGGAGUAUUGAGGGUUUGAGGCAGGAGAGGGAGGAGCGCCUCCAGACUUACCGGAGAGCUCGUAGCUUGAGUCCGAGCAAGCACCCACGCCUCCGUCCUCAGGAGGCUGCAUCUAUUGCAAUGCCCAGUCGGCACAAAGAGCAUCUUCAAAGGCUUCGGCAAGAAGUGAUAGAGAGCGCCAGAAUGCCAGAUGCUCCAAGGGAAGAAAGCCAGUAUCCAUCUGACAUUGAGCAGCUGUUGCGGGACUAUGGUCGAGCUCGGGAAGAAGCCAGGACGGAGAUCGCAAAGGCACGAGAACGACUGCGAGAACGGACUGAGCUUGAGAAGAGGAGGCUACAGCAGCAGGCCCUAUCUCAGGAAGACAAGGUGACGUGUGCCGGACAGGAUAACUUGAGGCAUCGGACAAGGAUAAGCAACAGCACUUUGUGCACGGGGUCCAGUCUGAGUCUUUCCUCUGGACCAACAUCAGGGUACAACAGUGGCAACACCACCCAACUACAGCAGGGCAACAGACCAGUUCGAACAGGACAGAUCAUGAAGAAUGAAGGGCUGAAGGUUGGGACACGUCCUCCUAUUUGUGCUCCACAGAGUGUGAAGACGCAGAGAGGGUGGCUGUCAGCCCAGGACGUCCAACAGAGCAGCGGGUUUGAACCUCUGAUGACUUCAUCUCCGGCCUGUACACGCCAGCGGACAGCAUCCGUCGGCUCCUCGUCUUCCAUAUCGACAACCUAUCAGGACAUCACAUUCAGUCUUCUCGGUCGAGCUCUGGCUGAGGUGCGACUGGCUGCCUCAGGGGAUUUUGGCAACUUGGUGACGGGCAAAGCCGCAGCAGGCUGGAGUUACCAAGGAGAUGAACGGGGAAUUCAGGCAUACUACAAAUCCUCUUCCUGCCCAUCUGUCCACGGUUUCCUGGGGGCUGGGGAGCUGGACAGACCACCGGAUAGCCUGUGGAACCUAAUCUCCCAGCUGUCCAAGAGCCACAUGUACAAUCAGUCAGUCCGCUCAGUGUGGACACGACCACUAGAUGACAGCACUCAGCUUGUUUACAUUCUCACAGAUUCGUCCACCUGUCACCUCAGCCAGCCGCGAGAUUUCUGCUGCAUCAGCUCGCAGUCCAAACAGGGUGGCCUGCACGUGCUGGCAAUGCAGUCUGUGUUUGAGGAGUCUCUCCCUCGGCCCAGUGUGGACGCCAUCCGUGGGGAGAUGUUGCCCAGUUGCUGGAUCUUGCAACCAGUUAGACGUAAUGAAAAGGAAGUAACCAGAGUCAUCUACCUGCUACAGCUGGACCUAGGAACUCCAUCUUUUCCUCACCGUCUCGUGAACACUGUUGCCAGACGACAGGCAGCCGUCAUCGCCGAUCUUGACGUUUUCCUUUCUUCGUAAAUCGGCGGGACGCGCAAAGACGCAUCAUUAGCAGCGAGCACUUAGAUCCUCUCCAUCACGGAGUCGGUCUGUCUUUUGAAUUUGCACCUGAAAUGUUAUUUACUUGAUUUUUUUUUUUAAGGGCACUGUUACAUUUUAUAUCCAGACACAAAGUUGAAGCAGCUUUUUUUUUUCUUAAUGAAGGUAUUUUUGUAAAAUAUUGGUGUUUUUCUAUAUUUGUGCAUGCACAUGAAUAUUUUCAAGACUGUUUUACCAAAGAUGAGAUGUUUUUAAAUGAAUGACUUGGCAUUACAGUUAUUGCCAGUUGCUUUUAGGUGCUUUCAGGUUGAGACCACUUAAGUUUCCCCUCUAAAUCUUAUAUCCCCCUGAUAAAUAGCAGGCAUUUUACCUCCUCAGUGACAUUUUUGUCUGUUUACUUUCUUUUAUAUGUUGACUGACAGAUGCAGCCAGUUCUGUUAAUGUUUUAAAUCCACCAGUGUACAUCUUUGACUGCUUCCUCGCAGAUGCACAUAAAAAAAACACGGUGUAGUGAUAGACAGAACAAAAUAAGACAAUUUUCACAAACUUCUCUUUAGUCCUUUUCCCGCUACAUUUGUGUGCCUACAGCAUUUCCUCACAUAUUCAAUAAGAUUAAUUCAGCAGAAUAUGACUUUCAAAUAUCUCUUAGCAAUUCUCACAAAUGGAAAAGAAAGCUAUGUAAGCUAUAUACUGUAUUUUAUAGUAGCACCAUGUAGGCAAACCUGGAGGAAUGGUAAGGAGUUGUUUUGUAGCUGCAAAUGUUAAUCAGCUCACUGCAAAAAAACACGAGGGGAAAAAAAGUUUUGUAGCAAAACAAGGAAGAGGAAAGUUGGGAACCUUUUGACUAUUAUCAACUCUUAAGGGCAUGAGGGCAGAUCAGUUUUGAACCAGAACAUGAUGGUUCAUGCCUUCAUGUCAAACAUGCAACGUGUUGAUGAGACUAUUAUCCAGCUCCAGGGUUAAGCUCUCAUAGUUUUCAGUACCCCGAUUCUGCAUGAGGUGAGUUUUUAAGGUCUUCCCCUCCCACUUGUUUCUGAAGCCUGUUAUUUAUUUAGUUUCUCUUGCCUUCUGUUUGAAAUGCUGUUGAAUGUGUUAUGUAGCUGUUUUUCGGAGUGCUGUGUUUGUGGCUGCUUGCACAAAACCUUUUAUGCAUUUAGUAAAAUUGAAGAGGAUUGUAAAAAGGUUGUUGUUUUAAUGUGUACAGUUCUUUAAAUUAAGAUGAGAAAAGGCCAGACUGCUCUCAGACAUUCCGGGUCUUGUGUAUUUGGAUAUGAAGCCAUGUUAUGCGGAGUCAUUAAAAGACAAUGUUGACUCUGAAAGUUCAACUAAACCUGUUCCCUGAGGCACCAAAGAAAAAGAGACAAGUGAAAAAUGCAGUAGGAGCUGUAUGGAAGGUUGAAGGAAAAUAAAACUUUAGCAGGAAAAAUUAAUUGCAAGAUUUUAACUUGUCAGAAUUUUGAGAUGCCUAACUCAAAAGUUUGACUUACAGAUUGCAAUUUUAAUAUUGUCAGUAAAACAAACCUCCGUACAGCUUUUUGUAAUAAUUUCUUGGUUUUUUUUUUAAUAGCAUAUUUUUUAUUUCUUAAGAAAUAUAUAUAUUUAUGUUUUUCUGGUGUGAUAUGUAUGUAUUUUAUUAUAAGCGCCAUACUUCUUGUUGCUAAUAAGUUGUUAUUAGCCAUUUUUCAAAUAAUUUGUUUGUUUUUUAUGACACAGAAACUGUUGCAUCAAAACCUCUUGUGUGUUCAGUUUUAGUUACCUUGUAUGUAGCAAGCAGAACAUUUACCUUUAGUGCUGACUGAAAUUCUUUUUGGAUAUUGUUGUACUGAAAGGUGAUAUUAA